AAUUUUAAAUAUUAUCAUCCGCGGCCUGUCGUUUUUUGUGAGUUCCAAGGUGGUCAUCUCGCGCGUUUCUUAAGUAAAUUUGAAUGAAGGUUUCUUUAAAUCUUCUCAAUCUCUUCUCCUCCAAAACCAAACCAAAACCUUUUUCACAAAUUCGACAAUGGCACAGGGCCGCUCCGUCCGGUUCCUGCCCAAUGGGCUUGAAGACUCGCUGGAUCCAGCGCCGGUGUUUUCUCCGACUCAACUGGACACUCAUACAUCGGUGCUUCACAGUGUCUUUUCUCCAUCUGCACGAGCAAAAGAACCUGGCUUUUUUGAGGGAGGAGCAACGGAGCAUGAUGAUUUUGCUGCCCACACUAAAUCCGAGCCUCGGCACACUGGAUAUUUCUCCUCCAGAUCGGCCAAUGGCACGUCGCGGUCUCAACAUCAUUAUAAUGCGCAGUCUCCGUCGCCACUUCGCGCCGGAUUUGGAGGUCUUGUCAACACAAAACUGCACAUUGACAUUCAGGGGGAAGAGAGUCCAACCUCGACGAUUACUGGUGCCAACACUGUGUUUUACUCUCCACACUCACGGUCCCAUGACAUUGGCAUGGUCAGUCCAACUUCUCAUGUCUCCAACAGCAGCUCGUUCCGAGCGCUCCGAGAUGUUACACUGCUCGAUGUGGACAAUAUCAAAAACUGUACUUCAGUGAGCGAUCUGGAAAAUGUCAUUGAAGUCCUCAGAGGAGAAGGAAAAUUCCAAGCGCUGCUCCGAAUUGCAGAGUCUAGACUCGGGACGCUCUUGUUGAAAAACUCUCCGAAUCAAUCAGCUGCAGCUGAAAAUCCCGUACUAGUAGCUGAAAAUCUCAAGGAAGCUCCGUAUGAAUCCAUCAUUCCCAAAAAACCAUCACCAAUCCGCACUAAUAAUCUUCACCACCAAACUACUAGUAUUUUUGCUGCAAUGCCAGCCUCAACCUUGGAACGGUCGCCUCCCAAACCACCAACCCGGCCUUCUCCCAGGCGUUCCCCAGUUCUUGCUGCGUCCCCCGAACAACACGUCGCAAUCCAGAUGGAACCUGCUUCGACGACGACGACGGCCAUUUCUCCUCGCCAACAAGCAAUUGACAAUGCCAACGGGUUGCUUGGCGACGAAGGGACCUUUGCUUUCAGUGACCCAAGCGAAAGCUCGCUUGUCAUGUCCGUGUCGUCCUCGGUCCUGAAUGGCAAUCUGGAAGAGGACCAGCAACAAAUGGAGGGUGUACUCGGCAAUAAUUCCCACUCCAUGAGAAGGUUUGAUCGUCGUCGGAAUCCCAACUAUCUGUCUCCUUCUCCGAGCCCUGUAGCGAGAUACGACAAUAAGAAACUCUCGGACGACCUGAGAAAGCUCACAGAGACCGUCCUUGGCAUGGAAACAGAUCGUGCUGCCGAUCGCAAAUUGUUCCUUGAAAAGUUGACGGCUUUGGAAGCCAGAAAGGAUGGCUCGGAUGACAAGAUGAGAGCCAUCGAGGGCAUGAUGGAAACGAGUUCGGCCCAUACUCGUGAAUUGCUGCAGUGUCUGGAACGACUGAAGACGGAUAACCAGGAGCUUCAAGAAAAUGCUCGAUCCGAACGAAACGCUUGGAGACAGUCUUAUGUGCAAGUACAGCAACUAGAGUCUCGACUAGGACAAAAGGUGGAGCAGCUUUCCCAGGCAAUCUCGAAACAGCAGCCAUUACAGCAACAACUAUCCAAAGAGCAGGAAGAACGUAUCCGCCUGCAGUACUUGACAGAGAUUUCAAAGCAGAAGAAGGAACAGGAGGAAACGCUCGGGAGCCUUCUUGUGGGAAUGGGAAGGAACAAGAAUGAGCUCCGUCAAAUGACUUUGGAGCAGAAAGGGGGGCUCGUGACCUCAUUCGUCAAAAAGAGCUUGUCGACCAAGGCGGCCGCGGAAGCAUUGGCUCAAGAAGUUGCCAUCCUAGAGAAAGAACGGCAGGAGGCAUCCAAAGCCAAACGAGCUCUUUUGGGGCAACUUGAAAAGGCCAGGUCUACGCAAUCGCAGCUAGAGCACGAAAACUUUGAACUACGCAAGAAGAUUGAGCAGCUGAAGGAAGACCUGCAAGCGAUGAGAGUACAAGUGACCGAGUUGUCGAGCAAUCGGGCCAAGAAAGAGGAUUGGGAGAAGAGGGAACAGUCCUACAAAAACACAAUCCAAGCCUUGAAGAAUCAAUUGCGAAAAGAAGAAACCAUGGUGUCGGUUCAGUUGUACAAAUCGGCUGUAGAAUCGGGUAAGGAAAAGGGCAAGCAGGUAGAGGCAAAGAAAGCCGAGCUGGAUGCGAUGAAGGCGAAGUAUACCGUCUUGGAGUCGGAGCUCCAACAUGUACACAACUCCCAGGUGACUGCUGAUGACACGAUUCGAAAGAACCAAGAGAAGAGCCAGCAAAGGAUUUCUGAGCUCAAGUCUCAGCUGCAAGCAGAGAGGAAGACGAAGAACAGUUUGGUAGCGGCAGCGAAACAAGAGAGCGAGAAGCUCAAAGAACAGCUCGAUGAUCUUCGUCUCCAGAUGGGUGCAGCUAACGGAAGGACGCCGCAGGCUCGUCGCCAUGCACAUGCCACAACGCCAACACAACCCCAGGCGCCGAAUCUUGUUGCUGCUGCAGUUGUCACACCCCGGCAACCGCCUCCUCCACCGCCGCCGCCCCCUCCUCCUCUGCGCACCAAUAGCAAUGUCCCCCCUUCGCCGAGUCCGGGUCAGAAGCAAGCGUAUCGAAGCAAGUUCAGUUUUGUCAAGCAAGCGGGCGGUAGAAAGGGCCUUCAGCAAAAAGUCAAUCAGAUCAGGUCACCCCGGGGCCAAACUCAGAAGUUGGUCUGAACAAGCAGGAUUAGCUAUGUAGUAUAACUGCAGGUGUUAGCUGACUAUUGUAAUGGUGCCGGUAUCGUCUAUUUUAGAAUUCUAUGAAGGUCUAUCAUAAACGUCACAUUUGAUCCAGAUAGAGUUGGCUGUUUCAACAGUCCUCUGCUACGGUGCCAGAGAACACGCACCCAGUCUCCUCACAAUAUUUUCCGAAAGCAGCCCAGUGCCGGUCUCCAUCACGCAAGGUUUCAAGGUCUCCAACAACCACCAAUGCACUCCUCGCUCUUGUCAGCGCCACAUUUGUACGUCUCCAGUCGCGAAGAAAACCAAUGUUCCCCUUUCUAUUGGAUCGAACCGCUGAAAACAGAAUCAGAUCUCGCUCUCUUCCUUGGUACCCAUCCACUGUUUUAAUCUCCACUUCAAUUGAAAGCAUCUUGGUGCUUGCGGCAAGCUCUUCGUCUGCAGCAAGCUUUUUCUUGAUCAGAUCUACCUGGCCGCGAUAUGGCGUCACGAUGCCUAUGCUUUUGGGGCUCGAAGGAUCACCAACGGCAGCGUUGACGGCAUCCCUCACAAGAGACACAACGGCAUCCGCCUCUGGCUCGUUCCAAUAGCUGGACUGUUCCUUCUCACUGAAGAAAGCUGAUUGCGCCGCCGCUUUGGCGUAUCCCUUGGGUGCACCCUUUCUUUCAUUGUUGCGACCGCCUACGUCCACAAAUCGAACGCAAAACUCUUGGUCGUCACAUGGCAUGGACUGUCGCAAGAAUUGUGGCAUCUGGCGGGAGUUGGCAAGGAAUGCUGGGGUUGCAAGAAGACUAUCGUAGAAGAUGGCGGACGGCAGAGCCGAGAUCGACGGGUGCAUCCUGUAUUGAACCGACAGCAGAAUGGAUCCGCCAUAACGUUUACGGUACGAUCCUUGCUGUGUCUCCCCUUGACUCAAUGAUUGGAAACGAGAACGUGCCUGCUUUACGGGUAGUGCAUCCAAGUAUUUCCGGCAACAUUCUUUGCCGUUCAGUGGUUGCAACGGUACAGUAGGAUGAGGUAGGACUUCAGCCAGUCGCGCCAUCAAGGACACUGCAAGCGGGGAUUCUUCAUCGCCGCUACGAACAGUUGGAGGCAACUGGCAAGGGUCGCCGAGCAACACAAGUGCUCUGCACGAGUUUGUCGAAGUCAUUGGAAUGAUGGAUGCCGGCUCCACAGACUGACAGCUCUCAUCAAUAAUGACGAAUGGACACGAAAGUGGUGGAAGACCGUCGGGUGCCGUCUUUAGUCGAUCAUCUUGUGUUCUGCCCCGGCCAACAGCCUUAUUGUCUUCUCCGUUACGCCCACUAGCAUCGAUUGCAUCGUCCGGGUCUGUGCUGAUGCCGCACGCGGCCAGCAAACGAGGGUCGCUGGCACCCGUCGAUGUGCUCACAACAAUGUCAGCCUCUCGAAGAGCCUUUGUGGCUGCAAUGUUACAAGCCUAAACGUACAUGAUUCUGCAGUGGCUAUGUCCCGAGUGACAUCGACGAUGCUACCAGAAGAGGUGCCACCUCGGGACUUGUUGUUGCUCUUUUGGCUUUCUCUCAAUGCCGCAGUGGCUCGAGCAGCAUGUUUCAGCGCAUUCUGGGCAUCGGGGUCCCUGUCAAUGGCCGCAUCCAGAGUAUGGUCCCAGAGCGACUCUGAAACAGCCGAGGGUCUUCCAAUACGGACCACUUUGAGUCCAAGCUUGACGAGCCGAUCUGCCAGGUUGUCCGCUCCAACAUUGCUGCAAGCGCAAGCGAGAACUUUGGCAUUUCCUGCUGCACUCAGCAUCUUGCACUGGUACGCAAACCCAAAUCCAAUGGCUGAAGCCACCGAUGUUUUGCCCGUUCCAGGAGGACCUAACGAAGCGAGCAGCACGCUGCUUUUGAGAAUGCAAGCCUUCAACAGCUCUGCAAAAAGUCGUCUGGAUGGUACAUUACAUCCGACUUACCUUGAAUGAGAGUCAACCGCCUGGUAAGAGCAGCAUUGAUGGCUGCCAGUUGGGGCUGGUUAAACUCUUCAAAGAUUUGUUGGUUGUCCGACUUCAUGAAUGUGAUAGCUUUCUUGGCCAUUUGUAGCGAGCUUCCCACGGGUGGCUUGGCCAGGCAAGAGGACUGAUGAUGAUUGAUACAUGGAUAGAAGAAGAGAGUUCGAAUGAGAAGAAGACGUUUCAAACUUUGUACUGGAGACAUAUAUGUCAAAAUCAACGUACCAGAUACUGCAAGUCGAGGAAAUCAUCAUCGUUGUAGUAAGCGCUGAAAGGGUCACUGUAAGCAUGUGUGGACAGGACAACUUCUCGCAGUAGCUCAUCCAUGCAGAUUCGUUCAUGGGCGUCUUUUUUGCUGUCAUUGUCGGAUGCCGUUGCCGUGGUGGCUUCUUUGCGUUCUGGAAUGGCCGUCAAUUGCGCCAAUGCCGUGACCAUCCUUUGAUACGGUAUGUUGGAAAAGAAUCGAUCCACGCGCAGUCUCAUCUUGUUAUCAUUGGUGGGUGGUCCAAAGGCAGCUUCAAAGGAUCCAUUCGGAACGGCAAUGUCGACAUAGGUGGGUCCAGUGUUGAGGACCCGUGCUUCAAUGGCCAGCCCCUGAGUGGGAAGCGAUGCAAGGUUGAAGAAAUCUCCACUGCCUUGCGGUUGCAAGGUAAUCAUAAUGACAUCAUUGGACGAGAUUUUGUGGUUGGGUGGCAGAAAGCGUAGUUGUGACUGGGAAGAUGAUGUGCUGGUUUCAUCAUCUUUAUCAUCAUUCAGGGAUGGACCACUCUCUGGAAAUGUAGUGGUAGCAUCGUUCGCCUUGACCAGUCUGUACACUUCAUCGGAAAACAAGUUUCCCCUUCGUUCCGGGUGCAUGUCAAAGAGGGCAAAUCCGGCCGCUUCGUAGCCCAGUGGGUCAUCCAAAGAAGCCUUGAUUCUUUCCAGAACUUCGUCUUCCUGUCACAUUGUGUUUCAUAGUUUUGCAUACCGGUAUACAAGAGACAGAGGACAAGGAUUAGCAGCGUAUAUCGGCGGUACAUUCAUGCAUGGUGGAUGAGCAGAUAUCUCCCUACAACUCUUUUCAGUAUCAUUCCCACAAAAGAUCCUUCUGU